CUUCGACCCGCGACCGAUCCGUCGUCAGCCGUGCCUACCCCGUCCUCCGAUGAUGUCCGAUCCGUCUGCACGGAAAGAAGCCCCGGAGAGUUGAUUGCUACCUUGCAUGUAUCAAGGCUCUUUCUUACCCAAAACAGGAUCCAAACCGGCGAAUCUAUCUCUGACUAGUCCUUUUCGUCCCCUACACUAGUCACCAUGGUUCAGGGACGAGUUCUUGUCAUUGCCGGCUCGGACUGCUCUGGCGGAGCAGGUCUCGAGGCGGACCAAAAAGUCACCGCGGCGCAUGGCUGCUAUGCCAUGACGGCCACCACGGCGCUGACGGCGCAGGACACGACUGGAGUGCACGACAUUCACCACGUGCCGCAGGAGUUUCUUCUCAAGCAGAUCGAUGCCUGUAUUGGAGACAUCGGGGUGGACGUAGUCAAGACUGGCAUGCUGGCUUCGCCUGCUACGAUUGAGACGGUUGUCGAGGCUCUCAAGAGGCACAAGGUCCCCAAGGUCGUCGUUGACCCGGUCAUGAUCGCGACCAGCGGUGCGGAGCUUCUCCCCCGCGAGGCCGUCGCCGCCUUGCUGGAGGGCCUGCUCAAGCUCACCACCGUCCUCACGCCAAACAUCCCCGAGGCAAAGCUCAUCCUCGAGGACUCGGGCCACGCGCCGGUCGAGGUCGAGAGCGUCGGGGACCUCGAGGCGAUGGCGAAGGCGGUACAGGCGCUGGGGCCCGAGUGGGUGCUCGUCAAGGGCGGACACGCGCCGUUCAAGGCGGACUUGACUGUGGCCAAGAGCGAGGAGGACAAGGCUGUUGUCGUGGAUGUGUUGUAUGGGCACGGCGAGUUUUGGCAUGUGCAGAGCCCGUAUCAGAGUUCGACGAAUACGCAUGGGACUGGGUGUUCUUUGGCUUCUGCUAUUGCGUCUAAUUUGGCAAAGGGUCUUGGUAUACCGGAAGCUGUGAUGUCGGCUUGUCGAUACAUUGAGGCUGGGAUCAAGACUGCUCCUGGGUACGGAAAGGGGCAUGGUCCGCUGAACCACUUUCACUCUAUUCAGACGCUGCCCUUUGCGCCGGGGCGCUUUAUCGAGUACAUGCUUGAGAGGCCAGAUGUCAAGGAUGUUUGGAAGACGUUUGUGUAUCACCCUUUCGUUAUGGCCAUGGGAGAUGGAACGCUGCCCAUGGAGUCGUUCAAGCAGUAUCUCAUCCAGGACUACCUCUAUCUGGUUCAUUUUGCCAGAGCCAACGCGCUGGCUUCUUACAAGGCGAAGAGCAUAGCAGACAUCUCGGCCGGUGCCACAAUCGUCAACCACAUAACUCGUGAGAUGAGCCUGCACAUCGACUACUGCAAGGGCUUCGGCAUCACGGUGCCUGAAAUCGAGGCCACAGAGGAACAUCAAGCCUGCACGGCGUACACGCGCUACGUCCUCGACGUGGGCGUCAGCGAGGACUGGAUCGCGCUGCAAAUGGCCCUCGCGCCCUGCCUGCUCGGAUACGGCGCCGUGGCAAAGCAGCUCCACGGCGACGUCAAGACGAAGCGCGAGGAGAACAUGUACUGGAAGUGGAUCGAGAACUACGUCGCUGACGACUAUGUCGGAGCGGUGAAGACUGGCUCAGAGUUGAUUGAAAGGCAUGCCGCCUUGCAGAGCCCGUCGAGUAUAGAGCGGUUGAUCAAGAUCUUUAUUCACGGCACAAAGAUGGAAAUUGGUUUCUGGGAGAUGUUUCCCUACCGGUGAGUCUUGACGAGCAAUGUUUACCAGUAAGCUGGUAAUGGAAUCCUGUCGGUGAAAAGUGUUGUUUGGUAGACGGAUAAAGGCUCUGUAAUUGGAGCGAAUGCCCUUCAACAGAAGAUGAUAGAUGGAGGAUGGGCCUUGAACUGGAAACGGGUGUAGCAAGAUGGAGGCAAGGGUGGUGGCUCCUACCUCACAUUGCCGCCAUCUUGAUACUCAAACAGCCUCAUAGCUUGUGGACGAAGUUUCUGCUCCUACCUCACGUAGUAUUAUUUCCUUCCUCACCUUAGUUCAAGUAUAAAUUGGCUAGACGUUAGAUCGGGC